AGCGGCCGAGCGCGCGGACGGAAGCGGAAGUGGCGCGGGGCCGCCGCCGUGGUGCCCGCGAUGCUGUCGCUGGACUUUCUGGACGAUGUGCGGCGCAUGAACAAGCGGCAGCUCUACUACCAGGUGCUGAACUUCGGCAUGAUCGUCUCGUCCGCCCUCAUGAUCUGGAAGGGGCUGAUGGUGGUGACGGGCAGCGAGAGUCCCAUCGUGGUGGUGCUGAGUGGAAGCAUGGAGCCUGCAUUUCACAGAGGAGAUCUCCUGUUCCUAACGAACCGAAUUGAAGAUCCAAUCAGAGUGGGAGAAAUUGUGGUCUUUCGGAUAGAAGGAAGGGAAAUUCCUAUAGUCCAUCGUGUCCUGAAAAUUCACGAGAAGCAAAACGGCGACAUCAAAUUUUUGACAAAGGGAGACAAUAAUGCUGUGGAUGACAGAGGGCUGUACAAACGAGGGCAGCACUGGCUGGAGAAAAAGGACGUAGUAGGACGAGCAAGAGGGUUUGUGCCCUACAUUGGAAUAGUGACCAUCUUAAUGAAUGAUUACCCAAAAUUUAAGUAUGCAGUCCUCUUUCUACUGGGUUUAUUUGUGCUGGUCCAUCGAGAGUAGCCUGUUGCACUGAAGUACAUAGUGAAGAUUCCAUGGAUUUUGUAGAUUAAUGUUUUAAGUAGAAGAUGAUGGUCCGAUGUGCCGGGAGGAAGAAGAAAACGUACAUUUCAAAGCUUCUUGCCAGUUUGGGUUUAUUUUGUUUUUUACUGCCUAAGGGCGAAUGUUUGUCACAGUAUUUCCAAUGGUUUGUCACAUUUUAGCAUUUUUAGUGAGGUUUUUUAUAUUAAAACUUUAAGCCAAACUGUUCAGUGUUUGUACUUUGAAGCUGAGCUUCCUCUCCAAGUGCCUAUAGGACUGUGUCCUUUAAGUCUGUGCCUCCACUAGGCAAAUGUGACCUCUCCCCGUUCUGACUGAACUGUCAAAUGGUGAUCUGUGGAGGUAAUGUUUUUUUUCCAAUUUAGAACUGGAAUAAAGAUUUUACAUCUUGCCCA